ACUUUUAGAGCAAACCCAUAUAUAAAUACAAGUACACAGUGCGCAUUUUGCAGCUCAAACUUUCAGAGCAAUUUGUAGAGGGCUUUCGUCACGUUGUGCAAUUACAAUGGCCUACGUCUACAGACCGACGAUGAUCGGUAUGGCUCCAGCUCGGGUUUUCGCAGCAGUGUUGCUCGCACUCGGCUGGGCGUUGGCCGGCGCCACCGACGGGCCGGCUCCUACUCCGGCGCCGACCGGAUGGCUGAAGGCGCAUGCCACGUUCUACGGCGGAGCUGACGCCUCCGGCACCAUGGGCAAGUAGCUUACACAAGCCGUGAUGCAGUUGCACGUGGUGGGGAGACUGUUAGAUAGCUAUAUGAUGCGAUGUGCGCGUAUUGCAGGUGGCGCGUGCGGGUACGGGAACCUGUACUCGCAAGGGUACGGCACGAGCACGGCGGCGUUGAGCACUGCGCUGUUCAACGACGGCGCGUCCUGCGGGCAGUGCUACAAGAUCGCGUGUGACCGCAAGAGGGCGGACCCGAGGUGGUGCAAACCCGGCGUAGCGGUGACCAUCACGGCCACCAACUUCUGCCCGCCCAACUGGGACCUCCCCAGCGACAACGGCGGCUGGUGCAACCCGCCGCGGCCACACUUCGACAUGGCGCAGCCGACAUGGGAGAAGAUCGGCAUCUACCGUGCAGGAAUCAUCCCCGUCAUCUACCAAAGAGUUCCAUGCGUGCGGCGAGGUGGAGUGAGGUUCACGAUCAACGGGUUUGACUACUUCAAUCUUGUGCUGGUGACCAAUGUUGCAGCCGCUGGCUCGAUCAAAUCGAUGGACGUCAAGGGCUCCAGUUCGGCGGAUUGGAUGCCCAUGACGCGCAACUGGGGCGCGAACUGGCACUCUCUGUCAUAUCUCACAGGACAAAUGCUCUCAUUCAGGGUGACCAUAACAGAUGGACAAACUCUCAUAUUCACGAAUGUGGUGCCACGUGGCUGGAGGUUCGGCUUGACAUUUGCAAGCAAUUUGCAGUUCAAGUGAACAGCUGUGUGUGUGGAGUCGAUAUGUGAUCAUUUCUUUUUGUUCAUUUCAAGUGAACAGCUGUAUCGAUCCUGGUGCACCAGCUUCGCCUUGUGUGUCGAAUUGUAUUAUUUCUGAUUAUGUUCUCAUACUUGUAUUUGUAUUAAUUUGUAUGCUGUACAUAUACAAGGAUGUCUGAUUAUGUUGUCAUACUUGUAUUUGUAUU